CUUUGAAGAAGAAAAAUAUUUAUAUUUCCCAGGUUUAUUGCUAUUUCCUUAACCUGAUACACAUGCGUGAAGGCGGAUUUCUACACGCACAUGGACUCGUUCCUGUGCUCCUUAACGGACCUUACGUACAAAAUGCAGGGGUUAACGGUGAUAUACGUGCCGAGGGAGGGUGACGAGCUGGUUGUGGACGAGAUGGGCGCCGAUAAGGAGAUAAUCAAGAGGAUGGAGGUGGUGGUGGCCUAUUGGACCACCCAAGUGAGGAUAGCGCUCUCGGAUCAGGAACAGGCAACACCCCUCGAAUUGUUGUGCCUCAAGGACGAAUACGACUUUUGGAUCUAUCGAUACGACAAUCUCUGCGGUUUAAACUACCAAGUGCAGAACCCCACCGUGAAAAAGAUAACGGAUUUCCUGAUGACGAGCCACUCGACCUACGCCCAACAAUUCCUGAAAUUAAAGGACGAGAUCGAGACGUUCGUGAAGGAGGCCAUAUCGAACGUCGAGUACCUACGAAUCCUGGUCGACCCCUCCUCCGAGAUAGACAAAUGCCAGUCGCCGUCCGAGAUUCAGCAACACUUGCUCCUCAUCAUACACCUGAUCAGAAUCAUCUGGUUGAAUUCGCCGUUUUACAACACCCAGGAGAGGAUCGAGAAUCUGUUCAGGGCGCUCAGCAAUCAGAUAAUCAUCAUCUGCCGGGACUACAUAAACUUCGACGAGCUUUUCGCCGGUCAGACGAGAAAGUACAUGGAAAAGUUCGACGAGUGCAUACAGAGCUGUAAAAAUUACAUCGCACUGUACGACCAGAUAGUGCAUGCCCAUACUACUCUGUUAGGCGUAUCGUGGGAUUUGAACAAGAUCAAUAUAUUCCAGCAUAUUGAUACUUGCAUCAGCAGGUGCAACGAUAUGAUUGAGAUCUGUCAGGCGAUGAUCGAUUUUGCCAGAAUGGACGAAACCACAGACGUGGCCAAGCCUAUGUUUGGCGGUACGAGGGGCGAGGAGCGAGAAAGGGUGUGUCAAAAGGUCGAAAGACUGUUUAAGGAGGCUUUGAAAAAAAUCGACGAGAACUCUCACAAUAUCUUCGACGUCCAUCACAGCAUGUGGAACGACGACAUGUUCGCCUUUCGAGCCGAGAUGAAGGAUCUGGAAAUCAUUAUCGAGAACCUGGUCACGUCGAUCUUCGUCAAUUUAAACAAUGUACAGGAGGCGAUGGAGGAUUUUCAAAGCUUUCAUAGCUACAUGAAUCGCGACAAGUUGAGAGCUCUGUUUGAUUCCAAGACGAGCGAGAUAUGGAAACUUUUCUGCGACGAUAUCCAGAAAGCGAAGCAAGAGGUGUUGGACGAAAUGGAGGAGUACUCCUCGAUGACUCCUUAUUACGCGGGCAGGGCGUUGAAUUUGCGCACGAAGGGCGCCCGGAUACAAGUGACGAGAGAGAUCCUCGAGCACGCGCUCUGGAUGCCCUAUUGCGGCCUCCGCUACGAGGCGUUCCAUCAGCAAGAGCUGCUGCAGAAAUCGAUCGAGGAUUUCGUCGCCGAUUUAUACGCGAAAUGGAUCUACGAGGUCGGUGACAAUCCCCGGGCAAAGCUGGAUCGUUUCCUCAUGCGCCGCUGCAACAUCACCGAGGGCCUUCUCAGGUGCAACAUAGACCCGUCCAUUUUGACCUUGUGCCGCGAGGCCUCCUACUGGAUCGCGUUGAAAUUCAUCAUCCCUGUCCACGUGCAGAUCGUUUUCGACAAAUGGGAGACCCUUAAUUUCGUGUUCGAGAGCGUUAUCGCAGUUAUUAUCAGUUACAAUAAGGUGAUCAAAGCUUUGUCGAUAGUAGAACGCGAACUGUUCCGCGAACUAAUUCGCCAACUAGACAGGAAGAUCAAUCCAGGCUUAAACAAGCUGACAUGGAACACGGAAUACGUGGACGCGUACAUCGAGGAUUGCUUUAACGAAACGGCAAAUCUUCAAGAAUUCAUCGACACGUACAGGAUGUCGAACGAGCAAAUACUGAAACUCUGCGAGAUAAUCUGCGACACGCCGAUGAUCAUUAUAAAACCGAACUACAUGUACGUAAUGGAGGAGUUGAAGGAGGAUUUGAUGAACUCGAGGGACGAGACGUUCAUAAAGGUGUCGAACGUUCACAAAACCAUCAUCGAAUACGUGAUGCUCAUUUUUGAUGGGUUCAAGGGUGUGAUCGAGGACAGUUUGGAAGAAUGGAAAGGAUAUUUAAGCAGAAUAGACGUGGUGAUAGGCGAGGUUUUCAAAAUGUGUUUAAUCGAAUCCUUUAACGCCAUGUACCUUGCUCUUCACGGGGAUGGAACAGCACCCCCAUCGCCUCUCAUCCUGGUGCACGUAGAGCUUAUAGAUAAUAAGGUAAAUUUCGUACCAAAUCUAUCGGAUAUCGCGAUGGAAAUCUCGAUGAUCUUCGACAAUCUCUUGGAACCUUUGAAAAACAUAAUAAGAUUAACAGACAAAUUCAAGUUGGACUUCCAUGUGCCGCCAUUUUGGAAAAUAUACGAGAAAGACCCAGAAUUGCUCGAUCUUCAACAGAAGUUAAACGACGAGGUGAAUUUCUGCUUCAUCCAAAUGCAAACCUACUUGAAAACCUGGGAACCGUUUCACGAAGUUUGGGAAAUGAACAGAGAGAUGUUUCUCCAGAGGUACGAAAAGUUGAAGCCAACCGCGGAUACCUUCGAUUCAGAUAUCAGCAGGUACACGAUGAUCGCGAACAAUGUUCAGAUACAGGAGACGAUGACUUCCGUACACUUCCUCGACGUGAACUCCGAUCGAUUGAAGGGCGCCAUUAUCGAAGAGUGCUCGAUUUGGCAACAGAAAUUAAUCGGCGUUUUGUUCCGGCAAACGCAAAACAUGAUGAACCAUGUCUAUCACUACAUCGCGGAGAAUUCGAAGAAAAUAUCGAAAGAGCCGACGGAUCUGAUCACCAUGCAACAAGCGAUGCAGUUGUUCGAUAAGCUGAUGGCCGAUAUUCCUCACGAGGAAGAGCAAUUCCCGAAGAUCGAGGAUCAAUUCCAGCUCUUGGAAAAGUACGAGGUUAUGUUGACGUUCGACUUCAAGCGAAAAUUUUACGAUAUACAGCCUUCCUGGACCGCGUAUCUCGGCCUCUUGCAUGAAUGCGAUUUCAUGUUGAAAGAGAAACAGGCGGAGUUCAAACAGAUGCUGAUGGAAGAUGUGGUAACGUUCGAGAUAGACGUGCAGGAGCUUGUUCAGAGAUUCUGGGAAUUCGGACCGUUCACGUCCUUGUGGGAGAUACAAGACGCUCUCAAUUGGCUGGCCUCCCUCGAACGUGACUUCGUGAAUUUGAAAACGAAGGAGAGCAUGCUGAAGUCGCAGCUUAUGGUGUUCGAAAUCAGUCAGCCGGAUUCGCUCGACCUCAUACAAUUGGAACAGGAUAUGAAAGCUAUCCAACUGGUGUGGGAUAUCAGGAAAGAGUGGAACGACGCUUGGCAGGUGUACAAAACUGCGAAUUUCUGGGAGAUCGAGAUGGAACAGAUGGAGACCACGGCAAAUGUCCUGUUCAGAAAGUUGAAUCGUCUGAGCAGAGAGUUGAAGGAGAAGAAUUGGGAGAUCGUCGAGCACUCGAGAACGAGCGUGGACAAGUUCAGACGCACCCUUCCAUUGAUCACCGAUCUGAAAAAUCCGGCGAUGAGGCCUCGGCAUUGGCAGAGGCUCAAGGAGAUCGUGGGUCGUGAUUUCGAUGAGCUGUCGCCGGAAUUCACUCUGGACGCCAUCACCGAGAUGGAGUUUCAAAAUUUCGCUGAACAGAUCAGCGAUAUAUCCAACUCUGCCACCAUGGAAUUGACUAUUGAAAUUGGGUUGAAAGCUAUCAGCGACAUUUGGCAGAAGAUGCCUUUGGAAAUGAUCCCUUACAAGGAUCAAGGUAUAUACAGGAUAAAGACCACGGACGAGAUAGUGCAAACAUUGGAGGAGCAUCAAGUUCAAUUAUCGGCCAUGAAGGCGACGAGAUUCGUCGAGCCGUUCGCGAAAGAGGUGGAUUACUGGGAGCGGACCCUUUCGAUCAUAGGGGAGGUCCUGGAAAUAACUCUGAUGAUUCAGCGAGGCUACAUGUACAUGGACAACAUAUUCACCACGGAAGACAUCAGGAAACAGCUCCCCAAGGAGACGGACGAUUACGACAGACUGACGAAAAUGUGGAUCGAGAUUACGUCACGGAUGGCCUCCAUUGGCCUGGCCUUGAAAGCCACUCACGAGCCGCCCGGCCUGUUCGAGCUUCUGAAUAAAAUCAGCCGCGAAAUCGAGUUGAUGCAACGUGCCCUGGAACAAUAUCUGGAGACGAAACGACACGUGUUCCCGAGAUUCUACUUCAUUUCGAACGAGGAUCUACUCGAGAUCCUGGCCAACGCGAGGAAACCGGAACUGAUACAGGUGCACAUCAAGAAACUGUUCGAGAAUAUUAAAUUCCUUAGUCUGAGCAAGUCCGUUACCGGGAAACAAUUGGCCAUAGCGAUGAAUUCCAGCGAAGGGGAGUUUGUCGAUUUUACCGAGCCCGUUGUUCUGGAGGGCCAGGUGGAGAGGUGGCUCUGCGAGAUUGAGAAAGCGAUGAGGGUAAGUUUACACGAGGUACUGAAGCAAUGUCGAACAGCGCUGCGAAAAAUGAUCCAGAAACGCGACAAGUGGGUGAAGGAGUGGCCCGGCCAACCAGGGAUCACGUCCACCCAGAUCCAGUGGACGACCGACUGCACCCGCACCCUAUUGCACUGCAAGCUAGUUGACUCGAGGAAGCCGUUGAAGAAGCUACGAAGACGACAGAAUCAGGCGUUGAGCAGGUAUUCGGAGGCGAUCAGGAGCGAUUUGACCCACCUGGACCGACUGAAGUUCAAAGCGAUCGUGGUGCUCGAGAUCCACGCGAGGGACGUUAUCGAGAAGAUGUACCGUGCUAAUUGCAAGGACGUGUCAGCGUUCGAGUGGCUGUCGCAGCUGAGAUUCUACUGGGACAAGGACAUCGACGAUUGCAUCGCUUGGCAGACGAACACGUUUUUCGUUUAUGGUUACGAGUAUCUUGGAAAUACUGGACGAUUGGUGAUUACACCGCUCACCGAUCGGUGUUACAUAACGCUGACAACCGCCCUCCACCUGUAUCGGGGAGGCAGUCCCAAGGGGCCGGCCGGUACCGGGAAAACCGAGACCGUGAAGGAUCUAGGGAAAGCGCUUGGAUUCAACGUGAUCGUGCAGAACUGUUCCGAGGGGCUCGAUUACAAAAGCAUGGGCAGGUUAUUCUCUGGCCUCUCGCAGACCGGGGCGUGGGGCUGCUUCGACGAAUUUAACCGGAUAAACAUCGAGGUAUUGUCGGUGGUGGCGCAGCAGAUACUGUCCAUCCUCACCGCCCUCUCGCAGAAGAUCGUCAGAUUCGUGUUCGAAGGAUCUGAAAUAAAAUUGGUGCACACCUGCGGCAUCUUCAUCACUAUGAAUCCAGGAUACGCGGGUCGUACCGAGCUGCCCGACAAUCUGAAAUCCAUGUUCAGGCCAAUCUCGAUGAUGGUUCCCGACAGCAGCAUGAUAGCCGAGAUCAAUUUGUUCUGCGAGGGAUUCGAGGGGACCCGAAUUCUCGCCAGAAAGGUAUUCACCCUGUACACGUUGGCCCAACAACAAUUAAGCAAACAGUAUCACUACGACUUUGGGUUGAGAGGUAUAGUCACGCUGACCAGAUACGCCGGGAGGAAGAAGAGAUUAUACCCGAAUCUGCCUGACGAGGAGGUGAUCAUCCUCGCCAUGAACGACAUGAACAUCGCCAAACUCACUUCGGACGACUUGCCCCUGUUCGUCGGUAUCACCAGCGACCUCUUCCCGGAGGUCGAGGUACCGACCGUGGAUUACGAGGAAAUUAUCAGUUACAUAACCAAGGAGGCCAUCAAACUGAAGCUGCAGCCUAUCCCCCUGAUACUGACGAAAGUUAUCCAGCUGUUCGAGACUAUGCACUCGAGGCACUCGACGAUGAUAGUCGGCGAAUCGAACACGGCCAAGUCGGCCACGUGGAAGGUGUUGCAGAACACGAUGACUAGCAUGAAGAACGACAAGAAACCCGGAUACCAGGCCGUCCACGUGUUCCCCAUUAACCCGAAAGCGUUGAGCCUUGCCGAGCUUUACGGCGAGUACAAUCUCGUGACCGGGGAGUGGCACGACGGCGUCAUAUCGUCCAUCAUGCGGAAGACCUGCUCCGACGAUACCCCUGACGUGAAAUGGAUCCUCUUUGACGGGCCCGUGGACGCCGACUGGAUCGAGAAUAUGAACAGCGUGAUGGACGAUAACAAGGUUUUGACGCUCAUAAACAACGACCGCAUCACCAUGCCCCAACAAGUCCUUCUCUUGUUCGAGGUCCAGGAUCUGGCUGUCGCCUCCCCCGCCACGGUCUCGAGGGCUGGGAUGGUUUACAACGAUUACAAGGAUCUCGGUUGGAGGCCGUACAUGAACAGCUGGAUACAAAAAUAUCAAGCGAAACAGGAAUUUUUCGAAGAAAUCAAGAAAUUGUUCAAUAGUCACGUGGACGCUACGCUGGAAUUCAAACGGAAGAAAUGCGAGGAUCCUGUCCCAGUUCCCGAAUUAAAUUCCGUUCAAUCGUUGUGCAAGCUCAUAGAAGUGCUCUGUAUCCCCGAAAACGGGGUUGAAUUCACGGGAGACAUAGACAUGUUCUCCAAUAUUUGCCGGAUAUGGUUCAUCUUCUGUUUGGUGUGGUCUAUCUGCGCCACGGUGAACGAGGAGAGCCGGUUCAGGGUGGACAAUUUCAUACGAGAAAUAGAGGGCACGUUCCCAUUACGCGACACGGUGUACGAAUAUUUUGUCGAUUCCCGUUUACGAAUGUUCGUUUCCUGGGAAGAAAGAUUGCCCUCGAUAUGGAAAAUUCCUGCGGACACGCCGUUCUACAAGAUAGUCGUGCCGACAGUGGACACGAUUCGAUACGAGUUCGUCACUAGUUACCUUCUAAGGAACCAGUUCCCUAUUAUGUUGCUGGGUCCCGUGGGGACAGGGAAGACGUCGGUGGUUCAAUUGGUAUUGAACGCUCUGGACGAGAUGAAGUACAACGUGUUGACGCUCAACAUGUCCGCCCAGACCACCUCGAAGAACGUGCAGGACAUAGUGGAGAGCAGGCUCGAGAAACGGACCAAGGGCGUGUACGUGCCAGUAGGCGGUAAAAUUCUGAUCGCGUUCAUGGACGACUUCAACAUGCCUAUGAAAGAGAUCUACGGUUCCCAACCGCCGUUGGAAUUGAUUCGACAAUGGAUAGGAUACGGUUUCUGGUGCGUUUCGAAUAAAAUGAUAUUUUUAUUAACGUUGAAAUUAAUUAAAAAGUUGCAAUUAUUGGUGUCGAUGGGCCCGCCGGGAGGUGGGCGGAACGUUAUCACGAAUCGGUUGUUGACCAAGUUCAACGUCAUCAACAUGACGUUCCCGGCCGAGAAACAGAUCGUGAGGAUAUACGGGUCAAUGUUGCACCAUCACAUCAGCGAAUUCCACUCGGAGGUGAAGGGAAUAGCCAAUGAAAUAACGCUUGCCACCAUCGGUGUGUACGCGAACGUGGUCACCAAAAUGUUGCCAACCCCCGGAAAGAUGCACUAUCUGUUCAAUCUGAGGGACAUAUCGAAGGUUUUCCAAGGCCUCCUGCGAAGUCACAAGGAUUAUCAAUUCUCGAGGCAAACCUUCCUCCGUCUAUGGGUGCACGAGAUGUUCCGCGUCUUCUGCGAUCGACUGAUCGAUGAAAAAGACAGGGAUUGGUUCGUCGACCAACUCGGGGAGCAACUUGGAAAAUACUUCGAAGUAACUUUCGCCACCGUUUGUCCGGAGAGGAAAAGUCCGUUGUUCGGUAGUUUCAUGAACGUUUGGGAUAUAUACGAGGAUCUCACGGACAUAGGAGCCAUAAGGACUUUCAUAGAGAAUCAAAUGGACGACUAUAACGCCUCGAGCGGCGUCGUCCGCCUCAAUUUAAUUCUUUUCCGUGACGCGGUCGAACAUAUUUGCCGCAUCUUUCGCGUUAUUUCUCAGCCGCGUGGCCACGUGCUGCUGAUAGGAAUCGGCGGAAGCGGCAGGCAAUCUCUAAGCCGUAUCGCCAGUUACAUGUGCGAACUGGCCACCUUCCAGAUCGCAGUCACGAAAAAUUACAGGCUGCCCGAGUUCCGCGAGGACUUGAAGACUCUGUACUUGAAGACGGGAGUGGAGAACAAGCCCACCACGUUCCUAUUCGUCGAUACCCAAGUAAUCGAGGAACAAUUUCUAGAAGUGGUGAACAGUAUACUGAGUACUGGCGAGGUGACCAAUCUGUUCAAAGCCGACGAGAUGGAGGAGAUUAAACAUAAACUGACAAAGGAGGCGACGCGGCUUGGACGGAUACCAACGACAGAGACGAUCUACGCGCUGUUGAUCGAGCGGUCGCGUGCCAAUAUGCACGUGGUGGUGUGCAUGAGCCCGAUCGGGGACGCGUUCAGGAACAGAUUACGCCAGUACCCUGCCCUGAUCAACUGCACGACCAUCGAUUGGUUCCUGGAAUGGCCGAGGGAAGCCCUCCUCGAAGUUGGCAACAAGUUCCUCAUGAAUCUCAAUCUGACGCUCACUAUCACCGGCGAGACUAAACCGGAGCCUCGAUUAUCAGCGACAGCGAUUCCUUUGCCGCCGCUGCAGGAACGAAUGCGGGACGGAAUAGCGGCUACGUUCUCCUUGAUCCAUGAGACGGUGUCGCAGUUUUCCAGCAGAAUGGCCGCCGAGAUGAAGCGGUACAAUUACGUGACGCCGGUGAAUUUUCUCGAGCUGGUCGCAGGCUACAAAAUAAUGCUCGCGGAGAAGAGGGACGAUUUGGCGGGCCAGGCGAACAAACUUCGUGGCGGUCUCUCGAAGAUCGACGACACCCGCCUUAAAGUGCACGAAAUGGCUGGGGAGCUGGAAAUCACACACGAGCAGGUUUAUAAAUCAACCAGGGAAUGCGAAGAGUUUCUGGUAACGAUAGUGAAUCAACGUCGCGACGCGGACGAAACGCAGAAGACGGUGACAGCGCGGUCGCAGAAGAUCUCGGAGGAGCAGAAGGAGUGCAAGAAGCUCGAGGAAAUCGCUCGAGCCGACCUGGCAACCGUUGAACCGGCUCUGAACGAGGCUAUGAAGGCACUGGAAGCGUUGAGCAAGAAGGAUAUAUCCGAGAUACGAUCCUUCACGCGUCCACCGCCGAAAGUCGAGAUGGUGAUGGAGGCGGUGAUGAUCCUGAAGAACUCGGAGCCGAGCUGGGCGGAGUCGAAGCGUCAACUCGCCGACGUGAACUUUCUGGCAACGCUUCGAGACUUCGACAAGGACAACAUCUCCGACAGGACGCUCAGAGCCAUUUCCAAGUACACGUCGAACCCUGAAUUCGUGCCGGAAAAGGUUGGCCUGGUGUCUGUGGCGGCCAAGUCGCUCUGCAUGUGGGUCAUCGCCAUGGAAAAAUACGGGAAGCUUUACAGAGUGGUGGCGCCAAAGAGGGAAAAGUUGCAGGCCGCGUUGAAAUCUCUGAGGGAGAAGGAGAAGGCGUUGGAGGAGGCGAUGUAUCAAUUGCAGAAAUUGCAAGAGAAGCUGCAAGUGUUGCAGGAGAUGUACGACGCGAAGAUGAAGGAGAAAGAAGAAUUGAUUAAGCUGGCUGAACUAUUGAAGCUGAAACUGGAUCGAGCCGCGAUGCUGGUCGACGGCCUCUCGGAUGAAAGGGUCCGAUGGGAGAACACGGUCGCAUCUCUGGCCGAGUUCUUCGACUGGCUGCCAGGUGAUUGCCUGAUAUCAACCGCCUUCGUCUCCUAUUUGGGUCCGUUCGUGUCCAGUUACAGGGAGGAAUUGAUAGGCAUCUGGAUGAAAGAGGUGAUGGAUAAAGAGAUCCCAAUGUCGCCUGACCUCUACGUGACGAAAUUCCUGGCCGAUGCGGCGUUGAUCAGGGACUGGAACAUGCAAGGGCUACCCUCGGACGAUUUCAGUACUGAGAAUGGUAUCAUAGUGACGAGGGGAACCAGAUGGCCGUUGGUGAUCGAUCCACAGUGCCAGGCGGUGAAAUGGAUCAAGAACAUGGAGGCCAGGAACACGUUGAAGGUGAUCGACUUUGGCCAACCAGAUUUCGUCAGGGUGUUGGAAUACGCGCUCCAAUUCGGCAUGCCUGUUCUGCUCGAAAAUAUCGGCGAGACUAUAGACCCUGUGAUGAAUCCGAUUCUCGAUCGAGCAUUCGUGAAAGUAGAGGAUCAGAUAAUGAUCAAGUUCAACGAGAAGAUGAUCAGUUACCACGACAAGUUCCGGCUGUUCAUCACCACGAAACUCGCGAACCCCCAUUACGCCCCGGAGAUAUCCACCAAAACGACGUUAUGCAACUUCGCUAUUAAGGAAGAGGGACUGGAAGCCCAGCUUUUGGGGAUCGUGGUCAGGAAAGAGAAGCCCCAACUCGAGGAACAGAAGGACAAUCUGGUGUACACGAUCGCUUCCAAUAAACGAACUCUCAAAGAGCUCGAGGACAGAAUACUAUAUUUGCUGAGCGUGGCCGGGGACACUCUUCUGGACGAUCUGGAUUUACUGAGCGCCCUCCAGUCGUCCAAGGCGACCUCAAUCUCGAUCGAGGAGUCGUUGGUCGUCUCCGAGGAGACCGAGAAACAGAUAGAUCUCGCGAGGGAGGAGUACAGGCCGUGCGCCCAUCGUGCCUCGAUCCUCUUCUUCGUUCUCAACGAAAUGAGCCAUAUCGAUCCGAUGUACGAGUUCUCAUUGGACGCGUACAUUACCCUGUUCAAGCUGUCCAUCGACAAAAGCGCGAAGAGUAUUAAAAUAGAAGAGAGGAUAGAGAGCCUGAACGAGUAUCACACUUACGCCUUGUACAAGAAUACCUGUCGAGGUCUGUUCGAGCAGCACAAGUUGUUGUUCUCGUUCAACAUGUGCAUGAAAAUCCUGGACGCCCAGGGCAAGAUCAUCCCUAACGAAUACGCGUUCCUGCUUCGGGGUGGAAUCGUCCUAGACAGGGAGGCCCAGCCCGAUAAACCGGUGGCUUGGCUGCCCGAUGAAACUUGGGAUAAUAUCACGGAACUGGAUAAGUUGCCCGGGUUUCACGGUCUCAUUUCAUCGUUCGAGCAAUUCCCGCGGGAUUGGAACACCUGGUACAUCGCCACGGAGCCGGAGAACACGCCGUUGGUGUCCGAAUGGGAAAUGAAUUGCAACGUGUUCCAAAAGAUGCUGAUAAUACGUAGCUGUCGCCCGGACAGAAUUUCCUUUUGUAUAGCGAACUUUAUAGUGCUGAACCUCGGCCAAAGAUUCGUCGAGCCGCCCGUCCUCGAUCUCAAGUCGGUGCUCGACGAUUCCAUUGCACAAACUCCCCUAAUAUUCGUCCUCUCCCCGGGCGUGGAUCCUACAGGCAGCCUGAUGCAGCUAGUCGACAGCCAGGAAAUGACUAAACACUUUAUGACACUGUCCCUGGGCCAGGGACAGGCGCCUAUCGCCACCAGGAUGAUAGAGGUGGGGGCAAAGGAAGGUGCCUGGGUGUUCCUGGCGAACUGCCACUUGUCCCUCAGCUGGAUGCCGAAAUUGGACAAGAUCGUGGAAAUGUUGGGGGCCAGUAAAACCCUCCACCCGCAAUUCAGGUUGUGGCUUAGCUCCAGUCCGACUCCCCAGUUCCCCAUAUCGAUCCUCCAAGCCGGUAUAAAGAUGACCACGGAACCGCCGAAAGGUUUGAAGGCAAACAUGAAACGGCUUUACAGCUUGAUGACCGAGUACCAGUUCGAGCUCUGCCAGGCAAAGUCCAAGUACAAGAAGCUUCUGUUCGCCCUCGUAUUCUUCCACGCGAUCCUCCUCGAGCGUAAAAAGUUUCAACAAUUGGGCUGGAACGUCAUCUACAGCUUCAACGACUCCGACUUUGUGGUGUCGGAGAACCUUCUACAGGUAUAUCUGGACGAAUAUCCGGAAACUCCUUGGGAAUCGUUGAAAUAUCUCAUAGCGGGUGUUUGUUACGGCGGCCACGUGACCGACGAUUGGGACCGCCGAUUGUUAAUGACAUACGUACAACAAUAUUUCACGGAGGAGGCCCUGACUGUCCCUAAUUAUCGUUUGUCAUCGCUACCAACCUAUUACAUACCGAAGGAUGGCUCGUUGGGGUCCUACCUAGAUUUCAUAGCUGUGUUACCUACCAUCGAUAAACCGGAAGCAUUCGGUCAACACCCGAACGCGGACAUCACCUGUUUAAUCAUGGAGACUAGAAAUAUGUUCGAAACUUUGAUGGAACUCCAGGUCCAAACUGUUACGAAAGAGGAAGUUAGCAAAGAGGAGAAAGUAAAUCAAUUAACCUCGGACAUAUUAUCAAAAAUACCGGACAACAUCGAUUACGAGGCGACCGUGAAGUUGAUAGGGCCAAAGAAGACACCGUUGGACGUUGUACUGCUCCAAGAGAUACAACGAUACAACGUGCUGCUGCAAAAUACCCGGAACAGCUUGAACGAGCUCCAAUUGGCCAUCAAGGGUUUGAUACUGAUGUCCCAUGAACUCGAGGAGAUAUUCUUCUGCGUGUUCGAGGGCCGUGUCCCCUCGAUCUGGCUAAUGGCGUAUCCCUCGUUGAAGCUGUUGGGCGCCUGGACCAGGGAUUUGGUCAACAGGGUGGAACACUUCAACGAAUGGGCCUUAACCACUCAUGCACCGGUCCUGUUCUGGCUCGCCGCGUACACUUUCCCAACCGGUUUCCUCACCGCCGUAUUACAGAUGUCCGCCAGGAUGUGGAACGUGUCUAUAGACACCCUGUCCUGGGAGUUCACCGUUUUCACGAUCGACGAGUCGGCCAUUGUUGAGCCACCAAUGGACGGCGUGUACGUACGCUCCAUAUAUCUGGAAGGAGCGGGCUGGGACAAGAGGGGUAGCGUCCUCAUCGAGCCGGCUCCUAUGCAACUUAUUUGCAACAUGCCGGUGAUUCACUUCCGGCCCGCGGAACUCCUUAGAAAGAGAACCAGAGGACUCUACUCUUGUCCCUGUUACUAUUAUCCUCAGAGAUGCGGGGAUCAGGGACGACCUGCAUUCGUUGUGGCGGUCGAUUUGAAUUCGGGUCCCGAAGGAUCGGAUUUCUGGAUAAAAAGAGGCACCGCGUUGUUGUUGAGUCUUGCCACGUAGAUUAAUCGUUUACUGUUGGUAGUUUUUUUCUUUUUUUUUAUUAUUAUUAUUAUUAAUAAUAAUUAAUCGAUCAAUUAAUUAAUUAUAUUAGAAUUAAGUUAGAACUUUUUUCGGUGAAACCUCCCCUUAUGGAUUUUGAUAAUUUUGCAAAUAUUGUGUUGAAUAUCAAAAUCCAUCGGAGUGUCACCAUUUUUUUUUUCUUUUUUUCAAGUAGAAUCUUAGAAAAGAAAAACUUUUGAACUGACACUGUCACUUCCCUUCCAUUCUUCCUGAUACAUUCUCAUUCUUAUCUUGGUUAGUAUAUAGUAUAUAAUAAAAGUCUCUUUCUAUAAACAAUAGUAUAUAUAUAUAUA